AUGGAGAAAUUAUUUAGGAACCAAAAGUUGAACGUUAGUGUAAGAACUGUUAUGUGUGGUGAGGAGAUACUAUUUUAUGCAAAAGAUGUAGCGGAAUCACUAGGGUACUCAAACACAAAGAAGGCUGUUCAGGUCAACGUAUGGAAUAAAAAUAAGGUAACACUCAGGGAACUUGGUGAUGGGACCCUUAAGGGUCCCAUCAUUAGUAGUCAUCCAAACUGUGUUUUCUUAAGGGAACAGGGUCUGUACCAACUAAUAUUCAAAUCCAGACUUCCAAUAGCAGAGGCCUUCCAAGGCUGGGUGGUUACGGACGUUCUCCCGUCUAUUCGUAAAACUGGAUCAUACAAAUUACCAGAAUCUGAGCCACUAUACUGCAAUCAGAUGAGAUUAAUUAAUGAGACAGACCUUCAUUAUGCUGUUGUGGGAUAUCUUAAAAAUUACCACCCGAACGCUCUAAUCCUACCGGGACUAGGAGAGUACCAGGAUACAUCGCAAAAGAGAUGCGACGCUUGGAGGAAGGGAUAUUUAGGUGGACAACCCGAUCUCACAAUAGUAACUCAAAGUAAUGGUUUUAAUGGAUUCGCAAUAGAACUUAAGACUCCAAAGGGUACAGGUGAAGUCAGAGAUAAUCAGGUAGCUUGGAUAAGGGAGUUAGGUAAAAACGGAUUUCAAACAUUAAUAUCCAACAACUACACAGAGAUAGUGUUAUACAUAGACGAGUACUUUAGGGUUGAUAAGACAAAGAAACUCAUAAAUGAAAUAAAGAAUCUUAAGAUAAAGUGUGAGACCUUAGAGUCUAGUAAGUGUAAAGAAGUUGUAAUACAAAGGAUUGGUUACACAUUCGGUAAGUACUAG